CGUAGCCUUAUCCUAUUAUUUUCUUUUUUAUUAGAAGCAGUGAGCUGAAGGUUUGAAAGUAUGCAAUUUUUUAUGAAUAUCGACGUUUGAUUACUCAGAAACAUAUAUUAGAGAGUUACUCUGGUUAUUCAGUUUAAGGUUAUUUACAAAGUUUCCAUUAUCCUUUGGAAAACAAAAAUUAGGUUAGGCUAGGCCAACCUACAUUUAAUUUUAAAAGGUCUUACAACAACCCCUGCCGGUUUCCGAGGUUUUCUUCAAACUUUGAAACUUUGAUAUCAACGAACAUGGAUGAUCAAAAGACCAUAAGUGGUGAGCCUGAAAAAAAGAAACGAAAACUAAUAGUCACUGAAAAGGAGGAAGGCAGCUCAGUUAAGUUUGAUGGAAACCAUUUCAGGAAACUUAUUAAAGGAGAUCAUCCUCUUGGAGCUGUAAAACAGCUUCUUGCGGUUGCCAAUAACACUGGUGACCAAAUCAUCAAUGACUACUUGAUCGUGGGAGGCAGUGCUUUAGAAAUUAUCCUAGUGAUUGACAAACUUGAAAGCAAAAUAUACUAUCAGUACCAGCCGAUAUUUGCGGUCCUAUCUUUAAUAGUCACCAAAUGCAGAGAAGACCAUCCUCGCUUCAUCCCCAACACUGAGGAGGCAUGCAAACGUUUGCUGCGACACAACAACCAAGCUAUCCAUGCCAAUUUGGGCCCUAACAGCUCUCAGGCUCAGAAGAAAAUCACCCUCUCUAUGCUUACUGCCAUGGUCCUUUUGAGCUGUCAGCUGGCAAGAGAGGUUCUGUCUACUUUGUCUCUGCGAGAACUCACUGUCAAUCAUCUGGUCAAACAUCCUGUGAAGUAUGAUGAAGACUGCACUAGAGGUCACUUCAUCAGAUACACUCUCGCCUACUUCUACCACGACAACACUCUGCUAAUCAGGCAGCUCUUGGACAACAGGAACUUACUACAGUCCAUUAUACUGGCCGGUUUAACCCUGGAUGAUGGACAACUUUUGAUGGUUUUCCUGACAACAUUAAAAGAGAAAAUUGUUGACAAUCCUCAGAUCACAAAAACUUCGAAGCUUAAAAUGUUCAACACGAAGAUAAUGAUGAAGUUUCUGGAAACUUACACAUGGACGGGUCCUUCAACCAAGGGUACAAACAAAGAAAAAAAUGUUGAAUUGGCAGACGAUGUGAUAGCUUCUCUACAUCAGCUGUUGCUGCAGUUGUGCACAAACACAAAGCUGGGUGUUGCCUUUGUUGACCCUACACUUGGACUCGACCAAAGGAACUACAACGAACUUGUGUUUUCUGUCAUUAAGUCCAUGGAUCCUUACUGGAACGUAGUCCAGGUACGAGAGUUGGCUCUCAACAUAGUGACAGCCUGCCCUGAUCUUGUGGCUCCGACGUUCAGGCACUUCGGAAUACAAGGCUUUCUCCAGCCUGAAGUCACCUUUUCAUUCUUGUACACAUGCAAAUUUGCAAAACAGGUUGUUGACGGACUAUCAGCUGAACGCAACCUGAUGCUCUCUUCGGCCAGUGUGGAUCAGCUGACUCAUCUGACUGUACGCACAGUGUUCAACAUGAAUCUGUUGUCGUGUGUGCGAGAAGGACUGCAAUGUACCCAUCCCACCCUGAGACUGCAGGCAGUUAAGCUCCUCAACGCCGCAUUCCAGACCCUGGAUAAGUUUUGCACAGCGGUCAAAACGAGAUAUACAACUUCCCCUAAGACAUUCCUUGAAUACCAGCAGAGAAUAAACGACCAUAUUACUAAGAAUGUUGCCCUUGAGCAACAGCUGAUGAUGGCGUGGAGUCUAGGAGUGGGGGGAGAACAGGGAACACUGAAGACUCCUACAGAGACAGAGUAUUACCUUCCUCUGGUAGAUCUGCUGCUCUCCUACUCCCAGGUGUUCCCUGUGUACCUACCCCCAGUGUUUGUCACCCAGCUGCAGACGACAACACUGGACACCAUCAACCCUCUGACUAAACAGCUGUUUGACGUCAAAGUCAUUAAGUUUAUCACUACCUUUAGAAAUGUGCAACCGUCUCAGGAAGAGUUUGGGGAGAUGCUGAAGACCUUAGUGCCUCUGUUAGCCUCUCAAGACGAAGCCAAGCUAGUGCUAAAGAGGCUAUUGAUGCAGUCAGGUUACUUUGAGGGUGUAGAGGCUGAGGUGGAUCUGUGGGUGCUGAACUUGUCUCGGUUCCCUGCUGAAGACAAUCUGGAUUUGCUACUGGCUGUGGUAGAUCAGGCAGUCAACAAACCUAAACACUGCAUGAAGAUGAUCAACCAGACUACCAUCAGCACUGCAACCUCAGAUACCAACGAAUUCAACUGGACGGAACUUAUUGAAAUGACCAAAAAUCCUCUGAAAACAUUGACACCGACACAAAGAAUGCUUCCUGGAACAAGAUUAAGUAUCUUAGUACCUGCUCUGGUCAGAGUUGUUAAUCAAAAAUCAGAAACAAUUUCGGGAAGUUCUAAAUUUGUUACUCAUCUUUUAAGUGAUAUCCUUUUUAGCCAGAUUGAAAUUGACACAUUCUCUCAGCUGAUUCAACAGUGUACCUCUACAAUGGUGGAACCUAUAAAUCAAUAUAUUGCCAACCUGAGCACUAAUGUUAUAAAUAAAUCACCUUUCAGUAAAAGCACACAAGAAUAUCUCCUUUUGAAGAAUCUUACUUCUUCCAGUUUUUCUGAAGAUGAUCCUUUAAAGGUAGUAGGCCAGAUAGAUGGUGUAAUAGCCUUGAUGUUGGUGAGAUUAACUGUAUUCUACGCUGCUCGUGUGGGCGAUGGAAACUUAGUUGAUAGAUGUACAAGGGUACUGAAGGCUCUGAUGUGCCAGUUAGUAAAUGACAGCACUUUGAGAGCUUCUGCACUGGAGGAGGUGUUUCUGCACCCGCUAGUGUUGCAGGGAUUCAAGCCUCAUCAAACCUCGGCCAAUCUCACUCCUCUAGUGCUUAGUCUGGUGGACCAUGUUGGCUCCUCAGACCACACCAUGCUAAAACCCUACAGGCAGAGGUUUUUAGACAGCACAUUGAAGCUAUUAAGGAAAAACAAGAAAGACAAAAGUCCUCACAUUGCAAAAACAUUCUCAAGACUGAUAUCAGGAGAAGAGGUUGUUGCUAUCUUAACUGCAAUCGUAGAAUCAAACACUGAGCUUGACCAAUGGCUAGACUUGACAGAAAGUCUGUUAGAAGCAGCUGUCACUCUACGUUGUGCUCUGCCUCCAGAAGUGAUCACCGUAAUGUCCAGGUGUGAUAGUCUACAGGAAGCUCUUGCCUCAUACCUAACUGUCUUUACACACCUCAUGGACUAUUUAGAUAUGGAUCAUUUGACGAGCAAACAAGAGCAGUUGAACAAACUGUGCUGCCUGAGGUUGAAGUUUGACUUGGAAGGAGUUUUAUUGAAGAAGCUUCUGAAGAACAACAAGAAGAAUCCGCAGGUGUUGUUUGCGUCAUUGGCUUCGAGUGACUCCUCUUCAGCCUCAAUGUUCCUCAAACACUCGUCUCAGAUGGUGAGAGGUAUGGUGGAUGCUCUCAGCGCAGACGACAAACCCUCCUGGCUCACAGAACACGCUGAUGUUAUCGGGACUUACCUCAGUCAGUUGCCAGAUGAUACCAGAGAGGAGGUAGUGUCAGCCCUCUACAAUGUACCAGAAUGGACCGAACCACAUGUUGUCAUCGCAAGACAUCUUUGCGUUGCUGCUCAAACCGCUGACUUUGUGGCCAAAACAUUACAACUCCUGCUGUCUCUUACCACCAACAACUUUACCAGUGCUAAGACAGUGUGUGGUACAUUAAGGACAGCUCUGGAAGGUUUCAAAUCCCCAGAAGAAGUUGAGUGGAAACCAGUAGUCAAGUCUGAAGAGUGGAUGCAAUGGGUGCGGCUGUCUCUGAAGCUGGGAGAAAACCCUGACGAAGACAACAGUUUCCUACUGACUACCCUGGCGGCCCUGUGUGACGUCGUCUACUCCAAGGAUCACCAGGGAGUCAAGACUAUCACGGAGAUGGUUCUGUCCCACUCUCAGUUCCUCACAGUGAUGCUCGGCAAACCAACUCCAACCAAAACCGCACUGCUAGAACUGCUACUGAGUCUGCUGAGGCUAGACUCGUCUGUGAUGGUCUCCACUCAUGUACCUGUACUACUGGCUGCAUACUCUGCCUCACUCAGCACAACAGAUCAACUCAUACUGCAGCUUCUCCAGUUGUAUGAAAGUCUGGGCAUCGUUCUCACAGAGUGGAAACCGUUCCUAUGGGGUGAGACGGCUGCGUCGUUCUACAGUGUACGCAGCACAAUCGCGCCAGGACUGUGGAACAAACAGAACUUUUCUCAGCUGAUGGAUCUGUUCGAGGAACACAAAGUGAAUACCACGAUCGCCAACUUUCCUGUUCAGCGAGCUCUUAGGCCCAGUGACAAGAUGGAGGACCAGCCUGAUGUGUAUGACCCAGCCUUCUAUCUGCCCAUGUUGGUAGCAAUGUUUGCCCCCAGUGAGGUGUUUUACACAUACAAGACGUGCCAGAGUGGUUGUCUGUCUCUCGUGUUGGCAGCACUGUCUAGUCAUCACGAGGAUGUAAGGAGAGUUGCGUACGUUGCGUUGCAGCGAUUCCACUGUCACCUUAUCAGCAACACCAACAACCAAGACAGUUUGUGGCUGCACUUCCUAGACGCAGUGCGGCGGGGCCUGAGUGAUAGUGGUGGGGGUGUUCCCCGCAUCACCUCUGUAGUGGCUGUGUUCCUGUGUCGCUGUGUGUUGGCGCUCACUGCCCCCACCCACCCUCUGUAUCUACCCCUGGCGCAGUAUCUGCUAGCCAAGCCCCGCCUCGACCUACACACUGCGCCGGAACUUCUCCCACUGUUUAACAGCUUCAGUGUACAAUACCACAGUAUUCACCAAGACUGGAUCUUGAGUGUGUUGAGAGAUGGUAUGAAGGAUGAGGAGGACUUUAACAUUUCUCUCAAUAGUAUGGCCUUCAAAAUAACUCUGGAUUACUUCUCCUCGACCCUAGCCUCCGAUACAGCUAAGACACAAAUUCUUGAAGUCCUCGGGGCAGCCGUGAAGCUGAAGAACGGACGUAACCUCCUGGUGGACGGGUAUGGUUUGUACCCGUGGCUCUCUAGUGUUGUGAAGGAACCAGGCUUACCAACUGUGUUGCUUUCUCCUCUGAUAUCCGUGUUGGCCAACCUGAUUCACAAGUCUUCAGCUGCGCAGGUGGCACCACUGCUGGUACAUGUGGCACGUCACAACACGCUAACUGAGUCACAGCUGGCGUGUGUGUUGGCAGCCCUGACUCCCCACCCUUUAUCAGCUGAUACUGUUGCACAGUUGGUAGACAUUGUUGAUAACACAGUUGGUCAAGUAUUCCAACACAGGAUCAUGCUGGAACACGGUGUCAAAUAUGUUGAGAAGAGUUGUAAUUUUAGUGACGUGAGAGGUUAUUUGAAAGAGAUUAUUAGAUUACAUAAGUGUGAAUCUUAAUUGUAGAAUCUGUUGACAACCCAACAAGUUUUCACUAUUUUUGUGAUAACACUUAGCCUUAAAUAUGUGAAACAGUUCUGGGUACUAUUCUACUACAGUAGUGGCACUGAUCUUAACCUUUGACUAUUUAGACAUUCCAUCCCCAUGUUCGUAGUUCGUAGUUGAUGUGAGCCACCGACAGAUUGCACUGAUCUAGAUUACUGAAUUCUGUCGAAUUCGCAAACUUUUCUACCAAGUCAAACUUAGGGAAUGACUUAUGGUGAGCUAUAGCAACUGUUAUGACCCAUCAAACUGGUCAGCAACAAAAAAAUAAUAUAUAUAAUAGAAUUUUAGACCCUAGCGCAUUCUGUGAUUGGCUCACACAACUAAGUUCUUUUUUACAAAAAAUUGGCUACAGCUGGUCCAUAUAGAUGGGAUGUCUUCUUAACUUAAUAAUUCAAAUUCCUAAAAAUAUAAUCAAUGUUAGGCAAUACUAUUUUUUAAUACAAUAUUUGAAUUUUGACAGUUUUUUGUCGCCAUAACUCAGUUAUGAUAUUUACUAUUUGUAUAGUGUAAAUACUCUUGUACAUUUUAUAAAUGUAUUAAUAUUGAUUAAAAUGAAACCAUUAUUUGUCUUA